GUGGUGCCCUCCUGUCUAGGGACACGUAGCCCGGGCCCGCCUGAAGACUACGACUCCCGGCGUGCCCUGCGGCCCAGGGCCUGAAGGGCCCGGAUCCGGAUGUAGAGGUGGCUUGCGGCUCGGGUGAGGGAGCGCGGGGGAGAUGGCCACGGGGACAGACCAGGUGGUGGGACUCGGCCUCGUCGCCGUUAGCCUGGUCAUCUUCACCUACUACACCGCCUGGGUGAUUCUCUUGCCGUUCAUCGACAGCCAGCAUGUCAUCCACAAGUACUUCUUGCCCCGAGCCUAUGCUGUCGCCAUCCCGCUGGCCGCUGGCCUUCUGCUGCUCCUGUUUGUAGGAGUGUUCAUCACCUACGUGAUGCUGAAGAACCAGAAGGUGACCAAAAAGGCUCAGUGAAGGCCCAGCGGGGCUGAGGCUGCCAGACCUUCCUCUGCCUUCCCUCCAAAGGUGAGGGUGCAUAGGACCCAUCCAGGCCCUGCAGCCCCCUCCAGCCUGGCCGCCUUGCAGCCAUCCCCGUGGGUUGGAGCUGUUCAGGACCUACCACACAGGCCUGCUCGUUCCUUGCUCAACCUUCCAGAAGCCAGGAGGGAGGAUUACCUGGAAGCUUCCCCCCACCCCUUUGUGACUUAGGGCUUGAAAGAUGCUGGUCAUCCCCACCUUACCUUCAGACUCCCUGUCACCUUUUCCCCUGGGUUCUCUCCUCUUGUUGCAGUUUCCCUCUUGUCACCUGCUGAUGUCGGACUUGGUAGGUUCUGAGGCAUCAUGCGACCUUUCCCCCCAUGUCCUGCUCCUCCUCGGAGGCAGCUUUCCCAGGUCUGACAUAGCCCCAGGCCCCACAAGGACUUCUGGACCUAGGAAGCCUAAGCAGAGGACUGACAGGCCCUGGAGUUACCACCAGGCCUCAGGGCACAUUAGGGUGGCCACAGUGGGCCCCCAGACCAACUGCUUCUCAGAGGCCCAGCCCCCCAGCGCUAGCGUUGGCCUGUUGGGGAGAGCGGAACAAUAAACGCAGAUGAUGUGUU